AUGACCGACAUCCAGACCGUGUCGAGGGUCAUAGGGGUUUGCCAGGAAUACCGUCUGCCCCUUUUUUUAACCUUCGUCGACUAUGAGAAAGCUUCGGAGAGCAUAGAAACGAAUGCAGUACUAUCAGCGCUGGUCGAUGAAGGUGUGUACGCGUCGUGUCUGAGGACACGAGCCAAUUGCUACGAUCGAUGCAAAACUACGAUGCAACCUUUCCACUGCCCCCUCAGCAAAUCUAUUGGAACGGCGGUACUACAAUGGAUAAUGAAAUCACUUGAUUGGGAAGAAAGGGGCAUACGUGUUGAUGGAAGAUUCCUCUCCACCUUUCUUUCUGCGGACAUCGCUCCCUUUUCGAGAAGUACCAGUGAAACAGAAACGAUGAUCAAAAAACUGAACGAAGCAGGAAAGAGAAUAGGACUGGGAAUAAAAAGAAAGAAGAAACAGUUUAUAAAGAACGUUUACUGUGAGGGCGGGCACGUUGCCAACAUGCCUUUGCCUUACUGUGAGGACGAAACGAGUGGAAAAGAUGCUGAGGCCUGCAGGUGCGGUGAAGACGGGCCAUCUAAGUAG